AUGGUUGAAUGUUUGGUGAGGCCAUUGACCAUAACUAAGUUCCAAUAUCUUUGGAAUUGUCUGGGUUCUUUGAAGCUCUUAAGGCUUUUCUAUUGUAACAUGAAGUUGGUGAGUUGUUGUGGGAACAACUUGCUCGGUAACAAGCAUCAGAUCAGAGAUCAAGUAAUGAAACGUGGUAAUCUGGGACUGAAGGUUGUCAAAUACUGGGCUGAAAAAGGUGUCUCUGGGUUCAUAGUUUAUAAGUUUCGACUAAAGCGGCUGGAUGGACAGCCGCCAUUGAUGACUAAUCAAUCUGAUCCAGCGCACCUGCAUGGUGAUCUUAAGUUGGAGAAUGAAGACAGAGUGCCUCUUUUUGAGUUUUCUGUGAAGUGUCCAGAAAUGUAUUGGAGCUUUAGAAAACUCUUAAUAGUGACAGAGUUUAUGUUAUAUGACAUUGCCCAUCCAAGAAAAAACGCUUCAUCUCAAGAUGCUUCUAGCUCUUCCCCUGAUGCUGUUAAUGCACAGUUUAAUUCUGGUGAAAUUUCAUCCUCGACUAAGCAGUCUCAUUCCUCAAAAGUCCCGGUCAAGAAGAGAGAGUGCCUGAAAUUUAAAGGUCGUGAUAGAGCCGAUGAUGAGCCACUUCAGAAUAGAAAGGCUGCAAUAUCUGAUUGUCCCUUCACCAUUUCUAGACCAAUAAAGGGGAGGUGGAGGAUGCGACUGUGGUGGUUGGGACGUGGCAUGCCCUCUCAGUACAAUAGAAACAUUCAGAUUGCUGGAGACCAUAUCCUCAUCGACAGUCAGCAUCCAUUGGAACUCUUUUUUCAGGGGAAAAUUGAUAAUAUACCAGCCUUGACAAUAAGGGUAAUUGAUGAUAGACAGUAUGCAGUUGAUUUCCAUGCAAAGUUAUCCUCAUUACAAGCAUUCUCCAUUUGUGUUGCGAUUUUGCAUACUGCAGAAGCCUUUAUUGUUGUUGGGCAGGAACCGAACAAGCAAAUGUUGCAGUGUGAUUCCCUGAGUGUAUUUUCUGAUGAAGAAAUGAAGAAUUUGAUUGAUUCAGGAACAGAGGAGUCGAAAUCUAAAGUUCGCAAGAAGGUGGAAAAAGUUUUGCCAUCUUUAGUACUCAAUCCACCCUUCCCUCCAAUAGCUCGAGUAUAG